GGCCAGAUCUUGCUCGAAACAGAGAACGAAAGACUCGAGCACUCUCCAUGGAGGUCGAAUCGUCUCCGUAUGAGAGCAGCGAGAUGCUGGCGAGUUUCCUGGCGUCAACGCCCUUCUUGGAGGAGUCGUGGAGGCUGUGCAGCUUCGCGAACUCCGCCGCACCGUGGAGCUUCGUGGCCGACCAACGCCGUGAGGUUGGGUACGUGGCGUUCUCGGGCGUCCAGGUGAUCGACGGGUCCGAGCCGAGCUGCGGGACCCUGGUGGCGCUGGGCGAGUGCGGAUGCGAGCAUCUGUUCUCUCCGUUGAGGUGCAAUGGUGAAGACGAGGGAGCGGUCAAGGUGGACGCUGGAUUCCUCCGUCUCUUUCUGGAUUUUUCCCAUCGACUGGAUUUCCGAAACCUGAUUGAGGAAUUUCAGCAAAAAGUUAAGAUGAUUAUCCUCACUGGCCAUUCCUUUGGAGCAACAACCGCCACUCUCACUGCUCUUUGGCUCCUCUCCCAACGCCAGCCCAAGGAUUCUCCCAUCUCAGUCCUCUACCUCACCUUUGGCACUCCCUUGCUCGGUAACGAGUCCCUUUCCCAAGCCAUUCUCCAAGAAAGAUGGGGCGAGAGCUUCUGUAACAUUGUCUCGAAGCUUGAUGUGCUACCGAAACUGUUCUUUGCUCCACUCACCUCCUGGACUUCUCAACUGAACUUGCUGCUUCAGUUUUGGCAAUUUGCUAUGGCUGCUGUACCCAUUCCAGAACAGUUAGCUAGAGAACUUGAAAGACAAAAUUUCAAUGAAUUCUUCAGCAACGUCAAAAAAUAUGUUAAAGAUGCCGCACAAUCAGAAGAAGGGGCGAGGAACGAUUUGUUUUGGCCAUUGGGUAGCUACAUAUUCUGUUCAGAAGAGGGAGCGAUCUGUCUGGAUAAUGCAACGUCUAUUGUUAAGAUGAUGCAUUUGAUGCUUGAGACAGACUGUCUAGCUUCGAGUGUCGUAGAUCAUCUGAAGUAUGGUGAUUAUACAAGACUACUUUCUUUUCAGUUCCUGAAAAGAAGAGACAUCAACGCCCUCUCCAACUCAAGCUAUGAAGCUGGUGUCUUCUUGGCAUUACAAUCCUCAGGAGUAGAUCCACAGAUGGCUCGGCACAUGGGAAAUGCACUGAACCUGAACAGUGCUUAUCUAGUUAUCAAACUAUCCGAUAUGGAACCUUGCUGGAAACAACUUGAGUGGUACAAGGAACACUGCGAUGAGUCCCACGAUCAACGUGGGUAUUACGACACAUUCAAGGAAUCUGCAGCAUCCUGGGGGGAGUCCACACCCAACACAAACCUGUUCAGACUCGGCGCAUUCUGGGAUGAGGUCAUAGGCAUGGCAGCACGGAAUGAACUCUCGUCCAAAUUCCACCACAACGUCAAGUGGAUCAAGGCGUACCAUUCCUAUAGGCUCCUCGCCGAGCCAUUGGAAAUCGCAGACUAUUACCGUCAUGGCAUGCACAUGAAGAAGGGACAUUACAUCGAGCAUGGAAGGAAUUGGAGGUUCCAGAUUUUGGAAAGAUGGUGGAGUAAGAAAGUUGUUGUUGUGGCACUAGAACCACAACGAAAUAACAACAAAAGGAGUGAGAGCGAGUACCCAAGCUUUACUCAAGAUUCUUUGUUUUGGGCGAAGGUAGAGGAAGCCAAAGACUGGCUCAAGAACGCGGAAGAGGAAGAGGACCCGAAUAAGUUGGGACCGCUUUUGGAGAAGAUGAACGAUUUCGAGACGCAUGCAGAGAAACUAAUUAAGACCGGGGAGGUGUCCAAAGAUGUUCUGGCUAAGAACUCAAGUUACACAUUGUGGGCUGAGAAAUGGAAAGAUUUGAAGCCGAAGCUCUCGCAGCUACCUUCUAUUCUUGUUCUGAAUGAAAUGGAUUGUGAUCAUAAAGAGAUUGAGGCAUAAUAAAAAUAGUCCCCGAACUUUUGUCCAA